AUGCCGAGAGAAUCGGAAAUUAAAAUCGAUGAUUUUAUUACCGAACCAAGUGAAAAGAUCGGUAAAAAAUGCCCGAAUAGCUUUUUUGUGUAUCGUCGCGUAUUCACGAAAGAACUUUUACGACAUAACCAUAGGUUAGAAAUGGCCAAUGUUUCUAAAAUGGCGAGCAUACAGUGGCGCAACGAAAAUCCAGAUAUCCGCAAAGAAUAUAAGCAUGUCGCUAUGAAGAUUGGAAAGAAAUUGAAAGAAUUUGAACGUGGGUCAUCAGAUACCUUUUGUCGUGAAUUUAUUCACUACAACCCACCUGAACUUCAUCAUUCUCCAGAGGAAAUCGAGAAAGUUGAGGUGUUGUGA